AUGGGAACCACUUCAGGACAACAGUUCCUAUCAGAGGAUGGAUUACCGUACGGUAUGCCAAGUGGAGCAAGCCCCGCGCUGCACCCUAGCACUCCCUUCGGUAAUCCACCUGCGCUUCAGACCACGGUCGAAGCAGAGCUUUUGGCUCAGAUGACCUCCCUCCGAAAGGAGAUGGCUAAACUCCAAGAACGUAACAAUCUCUUCUCGUCCAAAGUGGACGAAACCCAACGGUUGCUUAAUCAGCAGGAAACGCAAAACGUUCGGACCACCGAAUCUUCCCAGAGUCAACAGACCCCCGGUCGGCAGAAGAAGGGAAAACAGGGGGCAAAGGCAACGCCUGCGCCUUCCAAGCAGCUGGUAGUCCCGGCACCCCAGGACCAACCGCACGUACCGAAGAAGGUAUACACCGACUGUCGUCAUCGGAUCAACGACAAGAAAGAUGCCGAACGGCAUAGGUCCCCAAUCAGACUAAACGCCAACUUGAGAGACUCCCGGAUGAGGGUCUUGGGGGACAAGUCGCCCCUUCGGAGGGCUCAGGGUUUGGAUUCGGCGCAGGAAUCCGACAAUGAGUACAUCCCCACCAGGGACACCGAAUCGAGCUACCGUUCGGAAGCUCCCCCGGAGUACUCAAAGGCGAGAUCGCCAAGUCCGAGGAAAACUUCCGAAGACUUUGAUUCCGAGGAUGUCCCCAGCCGAGACCCCGCCAUCCGACUACUUUUUCAAAGAAUCCAGAAGAUGGAGGAAGACCGAACCCGAUCCCAGGUCCCUGACUGGGGAAAACUUCGACCCGGGCCCUUUACCGAGCGCAUCAAGAGGUCCAGACCAGACAGGGAGGUGCAGCCGUUGCGCAUACCCUUCUAUACCGGUGUGGAGGACCCUCUGACGCACCUUCACUCUUUCCAAUCGGCAGUUGGAUGUAAGGGCCUUAGCGACGAGGGACAAUGCCUGCUGUUCCCCUAG